GGAAGAUGAAGAGGGGCUGGAUAUCCUAUAGGAGCUUGAGAAUUGCGCGAGGGUAAGAAGACACUCGCUUGGAACAAAUCUCUAGCGUCUCUAUAGAAUGCGUCAACAAUGACAUUAUUAUGACUGACAAGCAGGAAAGGAUGACUUGUUGUUGUCGUUAUGUAUGUACAACUACUUGAUAGCCACGAGUGGCUUGUGGGGCACCGCCUCCCCCGGAAGCCAAGCAAAACCAACCAAUGUUGACCUGAGGCCGGAAGGGACUCACAGCCUCCAGCUCUCCUCAUUACCUUCCGUCGAUGAUCUUCAUCUUCCCCGACUUGCGACAAAGCCGAGCUCGUGGGUACUCUUGCUCGGUUUACACAACACCUUGCCAGUUAGUUGCAUCCAGAUCCUGACUCGGUCGUCCAUCGGGAAUAAUUUCCUACCAACCAGUCGGAUUGUCGGCAACCGCUCCUCCAUUUUGUUUUCCGCACCUAAGGUAUCCAUCUAUCGGCCCGCACUCGGCCAGUCGCCCACUGAAGCUUUGUGGCCUGAGGGUGUCAAGACAGUCAUCGACCAGAACGUAUCGGCGCCGCUCUUAACCUUGAUUCCGUGACCGUUUUCCCCUGCGAUAGUGUCGAAGCGAUGGUCAUUCGAACAUUUUGCUGAUGAGCUCCAUGAUUGAGGGCAGUGAUGACCGGGCACGAGAGGA